UAUCCUUAUUACUGAAGACUGAACCAUUGAACCUCGUAUUCACUCUUCGGUGUACUUUCCUACAAAUGUCUGAAGAUGUUGUUGAAAAUUUAAAGGCAACAGUCGUAAAACCUAUAGUUUACGGAAAUGUUUCACGUUAUCUGGGCAAAAAGCGUGAAGAAGAUGGACGAACCCAUCAGUGGACAGCGUUUUUGCGACCAUAUAAUACUAGCGAAGACCUGUCGACAUUUAUAAGAAAAGUCCAGUUUAAAUUACAUGAAAGUUAUUCAAAUCCCAUACGAAUUGUUAACAAACCACCGUUCGAACUGACGGAAACUGGUUGGGGAGAGUUUGACAUUACAAUGAAAGUCAUAUUUACCGAUCUUAAUGAAAAACCCCUGAUAAUAACUCAUCUCAUUAAGUUGUUUCAUUGUGACCAUGAAAUAAUGAUGGGUCAUAAGAGUUUAGUACGAGAGAUCUACGACGAAAUGGUUUUCGUUGAUCCUUCUCCGUCUUUUUAUCGAGCGUUGAUGAGCAGAUCUCAAAUUCCUCCAAGCGUACCAACAAUCGCACACGAAACUGAUUUUAAAGAAACAAAGCGUCAAGCAUUGUGUUCUAUACAAGAACUAAACAAAAAGGUUACUGAGGCAAUUGAAGUUUAUAAAAAGCAGCUUAUUUCGAGGAAAGGAAUUAUUGAAGAAGUGAAGUCGAUCGUAAACGAAGUAGAUUCUGCGACUGUUGGAACCAUAUUGCAGUAACUAUGUAUAUGUAAAUAUGUGUAUAUUAUUUCUUUAUUGACGAUUAAAUAAUAUUAUCUCAAGAUGCAAA